GGGGCAUAGAGUUUUGAUAUUUUGUGGCGGUGUCAAACUGCUUAGAUUUCGUUCGAAUUACACCAUUAAAAAGAGAAGGAAGAGAAAGAGACAAGAGGGAUAGGAUUGGGUUUGGGCUAUGUUGUUUUGGAUUUUUGGGUUCAUAUUGUGAGGCUGUACUAUAAUCCAGAUAUAUCUUUUAUCCUCGCCAAAGAAUUUUCAUUUCUUGGAUUCUCUGAUAUUUGUGUUAGAACUUGUGUCUGUGAUUUGCUUUGGUUUCUCAUCUGUCAUUAUCUUCAUCUAAAGAUCUCUAUCUAUUUUACUCAACCGUGCACUUUGCCUAACUGAGGAAUUGAAGCUAUAUUUGUUUUCUCUGUGUCUUUUGUUCUUGGCAAAGAACACAACUAAAGUGUGAUUCAUGGCAGCAACAAACGGGUCAAUCUUUGCGUCUUCCGCCAAACCAUUUCAGACCACACCGCUCAUUUUCAGCAGCAAAGCAAGUCCAGCUUCAAACUCUCUAGGUAGCAGUUUUAAGGGCUCUUCAUUGCCCCAGUCUCUUCUGAAAUGGAAGAAAAUUGUCAAAAGCACAGAGAAAAUUUGUGCCGCUGCAACAGCUGUUGCAACAACUCCUGUAGUGGAAGCCAAAGAGUUCACACUUCCUUCCUGGGCCAUGUUUGAACUUGGGAAGGCCCCUGUAUAUUGGAAAACCAUGAAUGGUCUUCCUCCUACCGCUGGAGAAAAGCUAAGGAUCUUCUACAAUCCAGCUGCAACAAAUCUCAUUCCAAAUGAAGAAUAUGGGGUUGCCUUUAAUGGAGGUUUUAAUCAGCCAAUAAUGUGUGGCGGUGAGCCUAGGGCAAUGCUUAAAAAAAGUCGAGGCAAAGCUGAUUCCCCAAUAUAUUCUAUCCAAAUUUGUAUUCCGAAGCAUGCUCUGAACUUGAUCUUUUCAUUUACAAAUGGGGAUGACUGGGAUGGUCCUUACAGACUACAGUUUCAAGUUCCUAAGGGUUUCAGAAACAAACCAAUUGAAUUCUUCAACGAGGGACUAGCUGAAGAGCUGAGCAAAGAUGGUGCCUGUGAAAAAGCAAUCUUUCCAGAUUCGAGCAUUGUUGUGAAUAGAUGUUCCAUCCAGGGAAAUUUGACCGUUGAAGGAGGUGACCGUUGCAACCUUAAUCUCGUAACAGGAUGCACAGACCCCAGCUCGCCAUUCUAUGACCCGAAUGCCAAUGUGGAUGACGGAACCUGCCCAAUUGAUCUCGAUUCUUGAUAGCGGCUUUGCAUUCAGUUCCGUCCUCAUCUCAAUCGUAAAUAUGUCGCUGUGUGCUUAAAAUGUAUAUCAUUGUAUUCUUUCUGCCAUUCAAGGCCUGAAGGGGUAUAGUGGAAAGCUACAGAGGUUGUUUAGAACUGUAUCAUAGAUUUCUAACUUUUAUGAGGACUAGCUAUAGAUGCAAAUCUCAUAAAUGGUAUAUAAGGUUGCCUCUUCGUAAAGAUAUGUUUAGGUGCGUAAACAUGAGUUUAUAGUUUAUUCUAUAGUAAUAUUAGAUAUCAAUUUUAAC